UUGUCUUGUAACGUUUGGUUGUAUAUCGUGUUGUGGUAUAGUGGGUACUGCUGGUUAAGCCACUAGCAAGUUAAGUACAACCGAGUCCAUUUGUAUCGGAUCGGAUCGGAUCGGUUUUAUAUUUUGUAUUUAUUCAUUCAAAAAUAUCAUUUAUUUUAAAACUCGCGGACUCGCGGCUUCGCCUCGGCCUGUCAAAAAUUUACUUGCUCCAAAAUUUCAAAAAAUAAAAAAAUUCGAGGCGAAGCCAAUGAUCGUGAUCAGUGAUUUUGCAGUGAAUUUGAAUAAUUAGUGUAAAAAUGCAUGUGAUGUUAAAAAGAUUGAAUUUUAAAAAUAAUUAAUUUUUUUUUUUUUUUUUUUUUUUUUUUUUAAAUACUAAAAUAUGAAGAAAAAAAGUUAAUGUUUUUAUGGAAGUGAAUAAUAAUAAAUUAAUUUAUUUUCGAAUUUAAAUUUUUUUCCCGCGAAAUGUAAUUUAAUUGGUGGCUUAAAUAAAAUUGAGGAAUUUAAAUAAAAAAAAUUUUGGACUUACAAUAAAAUUAAAAAAUUAAGUUAACAAAAAUUACAAUGAUGCCGAUAAAAUGUAAAUGGUAUAAAAUGGCACUGAUAUUGACCUUAAUGGAAUUUAUUUAUCUAACUAAUGGCCAGUCACCAAAUCAAUCAGAUAGUAAUAUAACGGAUACAAAAAACCGCACUAAUAAUGUUCCACAUUUAUCAACACGAAGAAAAAGAUUCGUAAGGUAUCCGUCAGCUGGUAAUUAUUUAUUCGAAAAUAAUCCACCGGGAAUUAGCGCGAGAAUCGGUUACCCGAUAGCAAGAUUUUCUCCAGUCCAGUCGUUUCAACCGGCGCCGUCUGUCUGGCGCCAGGCGAAAUCAUCAUUUUGGCGAUCGCCCAUUGAAAACUUUCCACCGAGACCUGUUUUGGCCCAUAGAUCUCCCAGAUUAAUAUUCCGUGAUGACUUUCCAACAUUUCCUGCCAGUGGAGUUGGUUCAUCUUUUUUCCAAACGAAUCAAUUGUCGCCUGAAGUUGAUGAUGAAUUUCGAGAUCAACGGAAACAAAUUUUUACCGAUUAUCCAAAACUUGAAACCGAGAAAUCGCGGACCGAAAAAAAACCAGCAUGGGAAGGUGACGACAGUUUAUGCUCAGACGGACGAAGCUGUGAAUUUUUUCUUAAGUGUUGGAUGACAUCUGGGCUAUUGGAUGGAAGUUGUGGUGGUAUUAUGUACGCUUGUUGUCAUCGUAAAGACGCUAAAGCUAUUGCCGGGGAUUAUAAUCUUAUUGAAACGCCUAGAGAACAAUUAUUACAUCCCCAGCUUGCUUCGCCGGACAGUACGAACACCGAACAUGUCAGUGACGAUCAUCAAUGCGGAAUUUCGUCGAGCAAACAAACGGCUCAAAGACGGAUCGUUGGAGGGGAUGACGCUGGUUUUGGAAGUUUUCCUUGGCAGGCUUACAUACGAAUAGGAUCAAGUAGAUGUGGAGGGACGUUAGUCAAUCGUUACCACGUUGUCACGGCUGGUCAUUGUGUUGCUAAGGCGUCGGCGAGGCAGGUACAGGUCACUUUGGGUGAUUAUGUCGUCAAUUCAGCGACGGAAAAUUUACCGGCUUAUACUUUUGGCGUAAGGGAAAUCCGAGUCCAUCCUUACUUCAAAUUUACGCCGCAGGCUGAUAGAUUUGAUGUCGCUGUUCUGAGAUUAGAUCGGCCUGUUCAUUAUAUGCCUCAUAUUUCCCCGAUCUGUUUGCCGGAUAAAAAUGAAGACUUUUUGGGACAGUAUGGAUGGGCUGCUGGUUGGGGUGCAUUACAAGCUGGUUCGAGAUUAAGACCAAAAACCCUACAGUCCGUAGAUGUUCCAGUGAUAGAUAAUAGAGUCUGCGAACGAUGGCACCGCUCUAAUGGUAUCAAUGUUGUUAUCUACGACGAGAUGAUGUGCGCAGGGUAUCGCGGUGGUGGAAAAGACUCAUGUCAGGGUGACAGCGGUGGUCCUUUGAUGCUUGAAAAAACCGGCAGAUGGUAUCUUAUUGGUAUAGUUUCCGCCGGUUACUCGUGCGCCCAACCUGGACAACCGGGUAUUUACCAUCGUGUUGCUAAAACAGUUGAUUGGAUUACCUACGUCAUUAAUUCGUAAUCUACAGUAUCAUUUUUUUUUAAUUAUUUAAAAAAAAAAGAAAACAGUUUAUUGUUUUUAUGUUUUAAGUAUUUUAAUACAUACAAUUUAUAAAUAAAUAUUUAUUAAUUAGUCGUUAAUGAAGUAUAUAUAAAAAGAAAAAAAAAAUUUUUUUAGAAUUUUUUUCGUGCAGAUUUUACUGAAUAAUAAUAAUAUAAUGUAUGGUUUAAUUAUUUUAUGUAAAGUAUUUAAUUGUGAUAUGUGCGUCAUGUAUAUAGUAACAAUAAUAAUUUGUUAUAAAACGUU